GGGGCUCCGGGCGCAGACGACGGUUUCCCGCGGGAUGUGUAGCAAGCCCGGCAGGCUUCGCUCUGGAGGCGGUGCUGCGCUACAGCUGCAUUUGGGGUCGCCGGUGUCUGUGUAUCUCCCUCCUGCAGCGCCGACUCCACUACUUCGGCCCGAAGCGAGGCCAGAGGUGGGGUUCAGGCGGAGUCCUUGGGGCGGGUCUUGUGCCGCUCCGUCGCGGGCAGUGCGGAGAGGCGGAGCACAGCAGCCGCUCCCAGCCACCUGCCUGCCAGUGACCGUUCGCCGGCAGGUGUUCUCCGUCGGCAAGUGACCCCCGCUCCCUUGCAAGAGUUCUCGGUCCGCAGGAGACCGCCCGUCCGCGCCAUGGUGGAUGUGCUCGGCGGCCGGCGCCUGGUGACCCGCGAGGGCGCGGUGGUGGAGGCCGAGGCGGCGCUGCAGAACAAGGUGGUGGCUCUGUACUUUGCGGCAGGCCGGUGCGGCAUCAGCCGCGACUUCACUCCGCUGCUCUGCGACUUCUACACAGCUUUGGUGGGCCAGGCGCGGCGGCCCGCGCCUUUCGAGGUGGUCUUCGUGUCUGCGGACCGCAGCGCGCAGGAGAUGCGCAACUUCAUGCGCCAGCAGCACGGCGCCUGGCUGGCGCUGCCCUUCCACGACCCCUACCGGCAUGAACUGAAGAGGCGGUACCACAUCACCGCCAUCCCCAGGCUCCUGAUCCUGAAACAAAACGGGGAGGUGAUCACCAGCAAGGGGAGGAAGCAGAUCCGGGAGCGGGGGCUGGCCUGCUUCCAGAACUGGGUGGAGGCGGCAGCCGACGUGUUCCAGAAUUUCUCAGGUUGAACUGGGAGAGGGACCACAGAGCCUGGACAGGUGCCUCUCCUGCAGGGCAAACCCUGGAGGGAAGGAGGAGCCCAUUUUUCUUUCUUUCUUUCUCUCUACUCAGUGUUUCAUUUUAUUUCAGAGCAGAAGGGCUAAGCUGUGGCAGAAAAUAAAUGUUGCUCAGGAAAAAAACAAAACAAAAAAACCCUCCUUCUCCACCAUUUGGAUCCUGUCGCUACUUCGUGGUUAUUUUUAUUCUUUGCAUAGCUUUGGAAAUCUAUGCAAACAUUUACUUGUACAAGUCUCUUCAGGUAAAAUGAUCAAUUCAUUGAUAACUUUUCUGGAUGUCUGUCUCAUUUUAAUGAUAUGUUUUACAUGAGUUCACAACUAUAUUAAACAAGUUUGCAGACAGUAUGGUUUCUUGGUUUUUUUGUUUGUUUUUGGCAGUACUGGGGAUUGAACCCAGGGCUUCACCCAUGUUAGACAAGUGCUCUUCCACAGCUGCGUGCCCAGCCUGACUUUGUGCUUUAAUAAACAAAUGUUUACACCUGA